AUGGGAUUAUUGGUUCAUGGAAUUGAUAGUCAAUUUUACAUUCCAAAUGUUAAACAGAAUUUAUCUUUCUUGGAUGAUAUUAUCAAAAAACAACAUGAUAGAGGUAGUAAAUACUUUGUUGGUGAUAAGUUAACUGCAGCUGAUAUUAUUUUACAGUUUCCACUCUGUGUUAAUUUAUUUCAAAACACAGGUGCUGUUGAAAGAAUGGGUGCUGGUGAUCUCAAGAGGGAUUAUCCAAAUUUGAAUAAAUGGGCAGAGGAUAUUUCCAAAGAACCAAAGCUCAUCAAGGCAAAUGAAUCUGUAGCAAAAUACGAAACCGUUACCCCAAAUAUCUAG